AUAGCAGGCUAUUUAGCCUUAUUUGUGGUUUCACUGUGACAUUCUGAGUUGUUGAUAGUGAUGUUGAAAAUGCAGCUUUACGUGUUUCUGGUGGCCGUCUCCCUUUCUGUUGUUUAUGGAGCCGUCUCAUUUACUCCAAUAAUGACGGAAGAAGUUUACGGGCAUACAGUGAGGUUUUGCCCUUACAAAGGAAUAAGGAUGCUCCCUGGAUCAAAAGUCAGGAACUAUGACUCGUGUGAGAUAUGUAGAUGCAAGAAGAAAGGUUUAUCAUGUGCCACAUUACCAAAUGCAUUCACCGUCCAUUAUCCUGAUGAUUCAAAAUGUAUCAGUGUGAGGAUAGGCUGCAAAAACCACUGGGUGCUGAGGAAAAACAAUAAACGAAGAUGUCCAAAGCGUCUGAUACCAAAGGAAAUUUCAAUGGUUGGAAAAUAAGAACUUUUCGUAAAGGAAUAUUAAAAUUAUAAUUUCAAAAAUAAAAUUGCAUUGUUGAA